CUACACUACGGGACCCUCCUGGGCAGCAGAGCUUGUGUCCACAUGGCAGCAGCUGCCUGGGGCUUUGUUUUCCUCUACGCUCUGCUGCACACGGCCAAUACAUUUUCCCUACCCCUCUGCCAGGGCAGUGCUGUGGACCAGUUCUUCUGUGAAAUCCCCCAGAUCCUCAAGCUCUCCUGCUCACACUCCUACCUCAGGGAAGCUGGGCUUCUUCUGGUUAGUGUCUGUUUAGGCUUUGGUUGUUUUGUUUUCAUCGUGCUGUCCUAUGUGCAGAUCUUCAGGGCUGUGCUGAGGAUCCCCUCUGAGCAGGGACGGCACAAAGCCUUUUCCACGUGCCUCCCUCACCUGGCCGUGGUCUCCCUGUUUGUCAGCACUGCCGUGUUUGCCUACCUGAAGCCCCCCUCCAUCUCCUCCCCAGUUCUCGACCUGGUGGUGGCAGUCCUGUACUCAGUGGUUCCUCCAGCAGAAGAGCUGGUCAGAGACGUGAAGAUUGGCUGUCGUGACCCUGACGUAGUGGGGUCCCAGCACUCCAGGGGAGUGAGGAAGCAGAACAGAAGACUGCAGACGCUGAACCUCAGAGGUCCUUUUGCCUUUGGCCUACGCUGA